CCUCCUCGACGCCGCCGACUUCACCUACUCCUUCGUGCCCAAGCCCAAGGAGGGGUGGCUCAGCCCCUGGCACCCCCGCGACGUCCGCGACGGCCGCGUCCUCCUCGACUGCAGGGUCCCGGGGAGAACCUUCAGAUCCGCCCUCGCCGUGUGCGACCCCUUGUCGCGCCGCUACGUGCUGCUGCCGCCCGUGCCCGAUGACGCCAUAACCGCCCAGGAAGGACGCCCGGCUGAAUUGGCGCCAGUCCUCGCCCCCGUCGGUGACCAUGAGGAUGAGACGUCGUUCAGGGUGAUAUGCAUAGCGCACUACAGAACCAAGGUUGUCGCGUUCGUCUUCUCGUCCGUUACUCGGCAAUGGUGUAUAGCUGCAUCUCCCAGCUGGAGCUCUUUGGGCACAGACCGCCCCCAUGGGCUGCAGAACUGUUCUGAUUCGAGAGGUUGCCGCGGCAUGUCAAGUUUCGACCAUGUGCGUGGCUGCUUCUACUCGGCGUCGCCUUGGAUGGACAAAUUUCUUGUUCUGGAUACACGGAGAAUGGAGUUUUCCACCAUCAGCGAUCACAGUGGUUUCCACGAGCUGCUCAGACGUCUGCCUGGCCAGCCACUUGCAGAACACGGUAUGCAUCACCGAACUCGGCCUGGCCAGACCAGAAGUCUGCCUGGCUUUGUAGUUGGUAGAGAAGGAUCCCUUGAGUUGUUGUCUCUUGUUGGUGAUCACAGUCCAAAUGGAUCGUUUUGUCUUGUUUAUACCACUCAAAAUAACAGCGAAUCUCCCAAGGAAUGGCGGCUGGAGAGUGUUAUACCCUUGCCUGGCCAAUAUGACUAUUUCACCGUUGGCGCAGCUGCGGGAUUCUUAUUUCUCGGAGGCACUACAGAAUCUCAGCAGGACUGUCAUGAAACUGAAUGGGUGGAUACUUGGGAUAUAGAUUAUUUUUCAGUGGAGGUCCGGACUUCAGAACUUAAGAAAAUCUGUACGAUGACAAAGCCAUGCUUCAACCAUGAACGUGUCCACCCAUACUUCGGCUUCCCACCAUCGUUGUCAAGACCGACUAUAUGAAGUUGGAUGAACCCAUUUUGCUUUCGAGGUCUGUUAUCUGGGCCAUGCGUCUGCUGCGGAUAUACGGAACACGGUACUGCAAAAAUGUCGGCUCGAUGUAGCAAUAUUUGUUUGCAAAUAGUGUUGUGUUUUGUUUUUGCGGGGGGUGGAAAUAGUGUUAUGUUGAAUGUAUUUAAGCAAAGACAUGCUCUGGCUUUGUCUAGCAUUGAUGUGUGCAUAUACUGUUGUUGUGCUGGGACAAUGGGCUUCACCACUGCGGUGACCUCGUGUAUACCACUAGUAAGAGACAUGUUGUGUUGAGAGAAUCGCUACUUAUUAUUGUA